ACUACGUUUCAGUAUUGUUAAAGGCAGUCUCUGGACGGCGGACCAAUUGAUUUUAACCAGGCAGACAAGAAAUACAAAUGUUAGACCAUUUAGGUAAGAGUCGAGUUGGACGUAGUGACAGCUUCUAAUGAACGCCACUGUCGACGAAGGAUUUGCUGUACAAAGUGUCCCGAUGUCAAACGGAUCAGAUUGAUUUUCAUCGAGCCAGGAUUGUUUUUAUUUGACCAGAGAGGAGGACGGUGUCUUGCAGAAAAAGGACAUUUCGGAAGAGGACACAACCAACGACAAACGGAUUUAUUUUCGCAUUUGUUUUGCCUUCUGUCCAAAUGUAAAGCCUCUGUGUGUGUCUCUGCACUGUUGGCCAGCUAGUCAGUCAUGUCUGCUGUGUUUUAGGUCGAUCGCAUAGUUAACAUCGAGGUGACAGUGAUGACAACCACGAUAUUUACCCCAUCGGAUGCACACUAACAUGAAGGCAGAAGACCACCACUGGCAGCAUGAGACUCGGAGGGGCAGCAGCAGCAGCAGCGUUGUGUCUCUCCGGGACUAGCAGAGUCAGAUAGUCCUGGUCCUCUGCAGGUGGAGGUCAGAUAGUCCUGAUCCUCUGCAGGUGGAGGACAGAUAGUCCUGAUCCUCUGCAGCUGGAGGUCAGAUAGUCGUGGCCCUCUGCAGGUGGAGCAGCUUUGCAGGGCGACGUGUAGGACGGCAUCAUGUAGACUGUCAUCCUACACAGUCUGGCUCACUUGAACGCAAUCGUCUGCCGUGCAACCCGGAGAUAGAUGAAUGGCUCAUGAACUAGGUCCGAAGCGGACAGCUGGUGCUAGGGACUGACACAGCGGACCUCAGGAUAAGUCUAUAACUAGGCAUGGGCAGAAGAUGUAUGCUAUGAUUAAGGUUGUCAGGACGAAUAUAAACGCCCCUUGCUAAAGCGAUACGUCCUGCCCACAUCAGGACCACGAGUCACCAGAGGGACGACAUUGGAGUGACCAGCUCACUACAUCGCCGUUUCGCCCAGAGUGAAAAGCCUCGGGGCCCUGCAGACAGAAUCAGGAGGACCCUUGUUUACUGGGACGUCCUUCAUCAUGGAGACCGUGGGGGAUUUCGAGUACAGCAGGAAGGACCUGGUCGGACAUGGCGCAUUCGCAGUCGUUUUCAAAGGGAGACACAGAAAGAAGACAGAUUGGGAGGUGGCCAUCAAGAGCAUUAAUAAGAAGAACUUGUCCAAGUCCCAGAUCCUCCUUGGCAAGGAAAUCAAAAUCUUAAAGGAACUUCAACAUGAAAACAUUGUGGGACUUUACGAUGUCCAGGAAACGCCUAACUCUGUGUUCCUAGUUAUGGAGUACUGCAAUGGAGGUGACCUGGCCGACUAUUUGCAAGCCAAGGGAACGCUGAGAGAAGACACGCUGAGGACAUUCCUUCAACAGAUAGCGGCAGCCAUGCGCAUACUGAACAGCAAGGGAAUCAUCCACCGCGACCUCAAGCCACAGAACAUUCUGUUGUCCUACCUAGGACGCAGGAAGUCCAGCAUCAACGGCAUCCGCAUCAAAAUAGCGGAUUUUGGCUUUGCGCGUUACCUCCAGAGCAACAUGAUGGCCGCCACGCUGUGCGGCUCCCCCAUGUACAUGGCCCCAGAGGUCAUCAUGUCUCAGAACUACGACGCCAAGGCCGACUUGUGGAGCAUCGGGACGGUCAUCUACCAGUGCCUGGUGGGCAAGCCCCCUUUUCAGGCUAAUAGCCCUCAGGACUUGAGGAUGUUCUAUGAGAAGAACAAGAAUUUACAGCCAAUCAUCCCAAGAGAGACAUCUCCCCAUCUAAGUGACUUGUUGCUGGGUCUGCUGCAGAGGAACCAGAAGGACCGAAUGGACUUUGAUAUGUUCUUUGGCCAUCCUUUCCUGCAGCCGUUAUCUACCAUAAAAAAAUCGUGUCCAGUCCCGGUCCCCAGCGCCUCUCAUGUCGUGUCAGACGGAUCCUGUGGAAGCUCCCCCAGUAUUCGCUACAACUCUCCACCUUCCCUCCCGGACAUGCAGACCCUGGCCGAGGACGCCCUGUCUUCCCCCCCGCUGGGUCCACCCAACUACCUGCAGCUGUCUAAGGAGUCGGUGGGCAGCACCAGCAGCAAGAACUCCUCCAGUGACGCCGACGACUUCGUCCUGGUGCCCCACCUGUCCACAGAGAGCUAUGACCAGCCCAUGGGAGGGGCGGGGCGUCGGGCGUCGGGUGAAUUUCUCGUGUGUGGAGGGCCGCCGCAGCCCACGCCGGGACAGACCCCCAUGGUGUCUCCCCGGGCCGAGACCACCCCCAUCCCCGUGCCCACCCAGGUGCGCAACUACCAACGCAUCAAGCAGAAUCUCUCCAGCAGCCCCACCAACACGCUGAGCGGCUCCCCCAGGUCUGGCACGGUGCGUCGCUCCAACACCAGCCCCAUGGGGUUCCCCAAGGCCCCCUCCGGGUCCCCCGGCUCCGCAGACAUUCCUCAGGCGGUGGGGCGGCGUCUCUCCACGGGCAGCUCGCGCCCCUAUUCGCCCUCGCCGCUCGUGGGCACCAUCCCAGAGCAGCUGGGCCACUGCUGCUGUGGCCACGCCCAAGGCCACGAGUCCCGGAGCCGCAGCUCCUCUGGAGGCUCCCCGGUCCCCUCCUCUCAGCUGCUGGGGGCCCGGCUCCACAGCGCCCCCACCCUGACGGAGGUGUACCAGACCCGGCAGAAGCAGCUCCACAAGCAGCUGUCGGACCCCACGCAGCCCACCACCACCACCACCACCACCUCCUCCUCCUGCUCCAACUACCCGGCCCCCAGCCACACUCCGAUGGGCCGCCCCGCCAGCCUGGGGACCUCCCCCACCAAGCUGCUGGGCUCCUCCCCCCGCACCUCCGACUGGUUCCAGAAGUCCCCGCUGCCCACCAUCAUCGGCUCCCCCACCAGGAUCAUUUCGGCACCCUUCAAGAUCCCCAAGACACAGGCGUCCUGUAACCUGAUGGCUCUGGCGGACCACCAGACACCCUCCAGGACGCCGGCAGAUCCCCGGGACCUCUGCGCCCAUCACCACUGCGGGCCCUACCCCAGCGGGCGCCAGGCCGCCCCCGAGGCCAGCCGCACCCCCUUUGGAAGGUCGGUCAGCACCGGCCGUCUCUCGGAGCAGCCGGGCCGCAUCGCGCUGGGCGGACAGCCCUACCAGGGCAGCAACGACAGCCUGAACACAGAGCGACCCAUGGACACAGCCCCUGCAGGUUCGAGUGGGCUGGCUCAGGGAGGGGGGGCCAGUCCCCGGACUGUCCUGUUCACUGUGGGCUCACCUCCCAACAGCAGCACGCCCCCCACCUGCAGCCACCUGGGCACCCGACAGCGCACCACCUCAGUGGGCUCCAACAGCUCGGCAGGUUCCCUGUGCUCCACCACCAGCGGGCGGGUGUACGUGGGCUCCCCCCCCAGCAUGGCGAUGGGCACGUCCCCCCCAGGCUGCUCCGUGGGUAGCCUCCCCGCGGCGGAGGGCCCCAGCAGCCUGCGCUACGUCCCCUACGGCACGUCCCCGCCCAGCCUGGACGGCUUCAUCACCUUCGAAGCCCCCGAGCUGCCAGAGGAGACCCUGAUGGAGCGGGAGCACACGGACACGCUGCUGCACCUGCGCACCAUGCUGUCCUUCAGCGACGGAGUGCUGGAGAUCGCAGCGCUGCGGGCCGGCGGGACGGACCUGGGGGCGUCGGCCGCCUCCCUCUACCCCCCGCAGGACAGCGUGGUGGUGGACCAGAUCAGCCAGCUCAGCAGGGACUGGGGGCAGGUGGAGCAGCUGGUGUUGUAUAUGAAGGGUGCUCAGCUCCUGGCCUCCUCCCUCCAUCUGGCCAAGGCUCAGAUCAAAUCCGCCCAACUCAACCCUUCAACGGCUGUCAAACAGGUGGUGAAAAGUCUGAACGAACGCUACAAGAGCUGCAUCUCGCUGUGCCGGCGGCUCACCGACCGGCUCAACCAUUUCUUCUCGGACAAACAGCGCUUCGUGGACGAGAUCAACAGCGUCACGGCCGAGAAGCUCAUCUACAACCACGCGGUGGAGAUGGUCCAGUCGGCGGCGCUGGAUGAGAUGUUCCAGCAGACGGAGGACAUCGCCUACCGCUACAACAAGGCGGCCAUGCUGCUGGAGGGGCUCUCCAAGAUUCUCAACGACCCGGCCGACGUGGAGAACGUGGCCAAGUACAAGGCCAGUGUGGAUCGGCGUAUCUCCGCCCUUUGCUACUGUACCGUCACUCUGUACGAGUAGUGCUCUGGACACACAGGGACCAUUCUCUUUGACUGUUGACUACAACACCCACAAUCCUCUGGUUCUCUCUUGUAGCAAGUCAAGCUCUUUUUUUUGCAAUUUGUUUGGUUUCACGUAUUUUUUGUAAAAUGAAAACCACGCAGCAGACAGUGUUACCGUACCUGAUUUUGGAGAAAAUGGCUGAUGUGCAAACUCAUAACCAAAGAUUACCCAAAUCGAUCUUGGAGUGGGUAAACGGAUGGACCCAUAGACAUACACAAGGUGCAUUGUCCCGCAACUUCUUUCUUACUAGACUGUAUGACACUAACUGCGCAUCAGAUCAAAAGCAGAACUACAUAAAGUCCCACUUUCAGGAUAUUGUUUGCUUUUUCUUUCCCGUUCUGAAGAAAAAAACAAUAACUUAUGACUGGACAUUGCGAAGCCUCAAAAGACUUGGGUCAACAGUUAGUUUUUUUUUAAAACUCCACUAUCUGUAUGGAUGUUUUAUUUAACAUUUUUAACUGUUAACUGGUUUUUAAGUUGUCCACGUUUUUUUUAAUUUAUUACUUCUCAGCAGAACCAGUGUCUCCUGCGCCUCUUGAAGAACCUCAAGUAUUUUAAUGGUAGGAACCCUGAGAUGGUUAAAAAGGCUCUAUACACAGAAAACAGCCUGCAAUGGAAUAUGUCCUUUAGAGGUUUUUGGUUUUCAGUUUGUUUUAGCUCAUGCACUUUAUGGUUAGGUUGGACGGAGGGAGGGCUGUGAUUAGUUUUACAGUUUUCAAAGAAAUUUGAAGGCUUCACAUGUGCUCAGUCUCUUGUUUUCAUGUCCUAUUUUGCUACCAGGUUAUGAUUUGUUCAAAGAACCAGAAUAGGGAAUAGGGAAAGAGGCCACCCCUACAACAUUGUACGCGGUACAUUGAAGGUGCAACAGGGCAUUCCUUCACUGGAGGCCUCGUGUCCAACCUCCGACUGGAGUAGUCAUCUUAAUGCGUUUUAUUUGACCGGUGUGUUUUUCAUUGUCCGGGAUGGUAGCCCAUUUUUAAGGAAUGUUUGCAAACUUGUAGAUAUUUGUAUGUAAAGCAUGUAUUAUACUUCUUUUUGGACCUUAAUGAUAGUCAUUGUGUAUUCAAGCACAGUUUUAAGAUGCAGGCAUCUGUGAGCAAUAAUGCCACUGGAUGCCCUGCCUUUUCCAGUCAAAGAGCACAACAUAUUGUAUCUAAAAAUCUGCAAAUUUAAUACAUUUUAUUGAUGUCUGCCAAGUGUUUGAUAGCAAACCUAUCUAGUGUGUGCCCACAACACAUGGCAGCUCGUACACUUUCUGUCUCCUUGGUUAUUUUUAAUUUUUCAAGGACUGUUAAUUACCGUGCAAGACCUGUACAGAAAAAAUAGACCAAAAUGUAUUUAAAAUCACAUUCAGUACUGCCUAGCAUCCGUUCAAGUGUGUGUGUGUGUGUGUGUGUGUGUGUGUGUGUGUGUGUGUGUGUGUGUGUGUGUGUGUGUGUGUGUGUGUGUGUGUGUGUGUGUGUGUGUGUGUGUGUGUGUGUGUGUGUGUGAGAAUAUCAAUAUCAAUCAACUGCGGGUUAAAGGAGGUGCCUGGACCUGCAACAGCGGACACACUCCUCUCUCUAAGUGUAAACAUGGUCCUGUGUUCGGACACAUGAACAGGCUACUGUUGGCCCCCAGGCCGCUUAUUCUGAUGUACUGUUGUUUAUAGAGACAUAUCUGAGUUUUUAUUGGUUCGUUUCUUAUGUUGAUUUGUUUGGUUGUGCUCUUUCUCUUCGUGAGCACUCUGCACCGUACAAAGCCUUUUUAACGUGUACAGAAGGGAUGGGGAGAUACAUAUAUAUGUACAAAAAAGUUAGCCCAAACGGUUGAGUCUGAACCUUUAAGGAAACCCAGUUAACUACGCGUGUAGGUGACUACUCUGUACAUUUUAGACUGUCCUCCCUCCGUUGUAUUCCACAACUGGUCACCAGAGGUGAUCUUUUCUAGAAAGAGCAUGUGUGCACAGUAUGCAUUAUCUCCCUGUAAUACCUAUAGGAUUAUGAUCGCAUGUACCCUGUGUCAUCUUGCUGUUUUCCAGUUUGAGCUGAAUGCGUUUUUAUAAGGACCUGUUUUUGACACUCUAACCUUUACCCCAAGUAAACACAUGAUACGUUCAAAUCAAAAGGAAUAUCUGGUUUUGCAGUCUAACCUUUUCUGAUUGUAUUCUCUGCAUUAGAUUUAGUAUUUGGUUACUCUUUAAAUGAUCAUAAAGAUGCAGCGACUUCCACAUCCCUAUUUUUUUUAGAAAGAAAUGUCAAUGUUCUGUUUGCAAUUAAAGAAAAUACACAACAGUG